UUCGUUAAGAAUAAACCUUACAUCUUCAAAAUGUUCAAAUUUGCCGUUGUUAUCUUUGCCCUCAUUGCCUGCGCUGCUGCCCAGCCUGGGUUGUUGUCUGCUCCUUUGGCUUACACUGCUCCAGCUGCUGUUGUUGCUGCCCCAGCCGGUGUUGUUACCGCCACCAGCAGUCAAUUUGUUGCUCGUAAUCACAAUGGUAUUGUUUCUACCCCAGUUGUUGCUCCUGUAGCCGCCCCUGUUGUUGCCAAGACCUUUGCUGCUCCUUUGACUUACUCUGAUCCAGUUGUAGCUAAAUAUGCUGCUCCUUUGGCUUACUCUGCACCUUUGUCAUAUGCUGCUGCUCCAGUUUUGUUGUAAUUUUUUUUUGGAAAUUUUUUGGCAAAAAAUAUGUAUGUGUUAGAGGAAGACUGUUAUUAAAUAAAAAACUAAAUA